ACCAUCUUCAUAUUAUUAUUAUCCUCUUCACACAACAUAAUUCCACCCACCAAUACACUCACACAUACAUACAUAUCUCAAUAGUAAUCCAACUACACCUUUUGCUUAUUGCACAAACCUAAACCCAAACCCUCGUGUGCUUUACUUUCUCUCCCUAGCCACCUUACAAAUUAUUCUUGCCAACUUUUUUUUUCCUUCUACUACUCUUUGAUGGGUGACAAUAACUUCAACUUGCCGCCCGGUUUCCGGUUUUACCCCACAGACGAGGAGCUCGUCGUCCAUUUCCUCCAACGUAAGGCCGCCCUUCUCCCAUGUCAUCCCGACAUCAUCCCCGAUCUCGACCUUUUUCCCUAUGACCCUUGGGACUUAAAUGGGAAAGCAAUGGGUGAAGGAAACAAGUGGUAUUUCUAUAGCCGGAGAACACAAAGCAGAGUCACCGGAAGCGGUUAUUGGCAAGCUAUAGGGGCUGAGGAGCCUAUCUACUCUUCAAAUUCCGGCCAAAAAAUUGGCAUGAAAAAGUACAGCUCAUUUUUCUACGGAGAGCCUUCCGAAGGAGUCCAAACCGAAUGGAUAAUGCAAGAAUAUCGGCUUUCGGAGUCGGGCUCCACUAGUCGAUCCUCAUCUAAAAGACGAAGUUCCAAGAAAGAUUAUGGUAAAUGGGUUGUUUGUCGUGUGUACGAACGUAACAGUGAUAGUGACGAUGAUGAUGGGGCCGAGCUUUCUUGCUUGGAUCAAGUUUUCCUGUCUCUCGAUGACCUUGAUGAGAUUAAUCAGCCAAAUUACAAUUAGUUAGUUAGUUUUCAAAAUUUAAUUAAGAAAAAAGUUACAUAAUCAAAGUGUUAGUGAAAUUAAUGUUGUUUCACAGUUUCAAGUAAUAUGUAAGAACCAAGAUUUGAUUUUGAGGUUGCAUGAAAAUAUUCUUUUAGAAGCGAUGUCCAAAGGGUGACACCUGGAAAAUUUUAGUUCUUUUCUAUGAAAAUCCAUGCAAAGGUCAACCACAAGCAUUCAAGAUAAAGAUGAGAUUAAUCCAAAUGGAGCAAAGAAUACACCCCAAAAAAAAAAAAAAAUGGUGG